UGCACCUCAACCAGUCGGGAGCGGUCGGGCGCACCGGCUGGCCGUCGCGCAAGAAGACCAAGAGAGAGCCGGGUGCCAAAAGACUCGCGACUUCUGAGUUCCCGCCUCCAGUUUGCUUUCAAAGAAGAGAUUCAGCAAGUAAUUGGUGUGCUUCAACAAAAACCCCAAUUUGUGUGAUGAAAAGGAUCUCUCUCUUUUUCUCUCUGCAAGGGAACAUCUGUUUCUUGCCCACUGAAAUCAAAAGAUCCGAUUUAUAUUUAGCCUUACAAUCGUGACCAAAGAACACACUCAGUUAUGGACUGGGGAGCUCUACAAGCCAUCUUAGGAGGUGUAAACAGACACUCCACCAGCAUUGGGAAAAUCUGGCUCACUGUCCUGUUUAUUGUCCGUGUCAUGAUUCUUGUGGUUGCAGCAGAAAAGGUCUGGGGAGACGAGCAGCAAGACUUUUCUUGUAAUACCCUACAACCUGGAUGUAAAAAUGUCUGCUAUGAUGAGCAUUUCCCACUUUCUCACAUUAGACUUUGGGCUCUCCAACUUAUCUUUGUCUCUACCCCUGCUCUGUUGGUGGCAAUGCAUGUGGCAUACAGAAAACAUAAAAAAAAACAGGAAUAUAGACACAGAAAGAUGGAUGUUGAAGAUCUCAAAAGACAAAGGUUUCAUAUCGAGGGUCCCCUAUGGUGGACAUACACUAGUAGCAUUUUUUUCCGAAUUAUCUUUGAGGUAGCCUUCAUAUAUAUAUUUUACUACAUUUACAGAGGAUAUCAAAUGCCUCGGGUAGUGAAAUGUACUGAUUUUCCUUGCCCAAAUACAGUUGACUGUUUUAUUUCCCGACCCACUGAAAAAACUGUAUUUACUAUUUUCAUGCUUGCGGUUUCAGGCAUUUGCAUGUUCUUAAAUGUGCUUGAAUUAUCUUAUUUACUAUUAAAGUUUUGCACAAAGAAGCCAAAAAAUGAAAAUGGCAGUGCCUAAUCAUUAGAUGUGUAUAUUAUUGAUAUUUUAUUUUGCAUUAAUUGUAAACAUAAGUCAACAAUACUUCCAGUCAUCAUGAAAAUUAUAUGGAACCUUAUUUUAACAGCCAUAUUUAUAUUGUUGGAAGAAAAGUAAAACCAAAUUUUGCUACUGAAAUUAUUCCAAAAAUGAUGCUUCUAAACAGCUAAUUUGUUUUUAAUGACUAGAUAAUAUCCUAAGUGCUUUUAAAUCAAUUGGCUAAUAUCCAUCUUCUAAAUUCAUUAUUUAGUAUAUGCCUACAAUCUUUAAACACAUCUAUAAUAUGUGUCAGGAUCUUCCAAUAUUAAAUUUAUACAAAAGGCUUGGAUUUAAUUGUCAUAUUGGCUGGUUUAUUAGACUGUGAGAAUAUACUUAAUUCAGGAAUUUUGAUAUAAUCUGUUUGUUAAACAUAUUAUUGUUUGUUUAACUGUUAAGAAUAUGAAUUGCUGUUUCUAACCACUUCUCCAGUUAUUUCACUAUAAUGUAUUUUUACUACAUUGUUCACUUAAUUAUAUUUUCCAUACCUGGACAUUUGUUGUUACUGGAAGAGUUAAAUAAUAUGUUGUAAACUAUGCUUAAUAAAUAAAAAAUGGUGCCAA